CUUUUGCAAAGCAAAGCCCAGCAGCACAGCCCCUUCGACGCCGUCGCUAUGUCGUCCUUUGCAGGUGUGAAGCGUACCGCCCUGAGCUUCAAAGGUGAAGCAGGGCGAGAGAAGAAGAAGCGCCGCGGCAAGGUUGACACUGGUGACGAGGUGGUGAAUGUUGAGGGUGGGGAAGCACCUGACAAAGAGAUCGAUGUUCCAGUCGUUCCAGGCUCUGGACGCAUCGUGACAAACACCACUACGAUCCAUGGCUUUGAGACGAAGUUCAAGGACGAGUUGGAGGUGGGGGAUACCAUCAUGGUCCACCACCCCACGUCCUUGGAGGUGGAGUUGCGCAUGGUGGUCUCUGUCCUAUCUCAGCGCAGCAGCGUCUUGCACCAGGCCUUCUCAAAGGACUUGUCAUCUACCUGUGAGUUUCACAUCAGGAAGGAUUCCUUGAAGAUCAAAGAGAAAGCUAAGGCAGAGAUUGAAGAAGACAACCCGGAACUCUUGCAGGACGCAGCAUCCCGGGAGUUGCAAAGGCAGCUUGACAAACGGCUGAAGAAGCAAGCCAAGACAGUGAGUGUGCGCGAGAAGACCGGCAUGUGGGGCUACAAGGUGGUGACCAAGAAGCUCUCCAAGGCAUCCUCGGCAGAAGAUGCUUUGGAUGAGCGCUGCAAACAAGGCCGUGACAAGUGGUGCUGCAUUUGAUCAACGCAAACGUACCAUGCGUGUGAAAACAGUCGUGCCGGCUGCUGUCUUG